GCCGAGAAAGCAGAGACGUUUUAUUGGCGUCCAGUCACCAUAGUUGCACCGUAUACUGAUCGGACUGUGAGACAGUCUUCGCCAGGACUAAACUUCAUCGUUUUAGCGUAUCGACGCUUUUUUGCAACAGAUAUUUAUUGUUGGGUGAGUUGUCAUGGCAACAAUGGAAACUACACAAGAAAUGACUAAGAAACUGGAUGAGGAAUUUGAUGGUGCUUUGACCGAAAUGAAACCGUUUGUACUGAGGCUACCACACAAAUCAGAACGACAAAGGUGUGCUUUAUGGAUCAAGAAAUUAUGUGAACCACCAGGUUCUGGGGUCACUGGAAGGAAAAACAGGAAUCUUUAUGCUGAACUGUUAAUGCACAUGUUAAACCGUGGUGUUCUAGAAGGACCGUAUUCACAUAGACCGGAUCCUGGUGCUUUACCUACGCUACCUGCCUACAUGUCUAUAUACUUUGACGAGCCAAAUAAGAAGAAGGUAUCUUCCAAGAAUCUUGAAGAAGCUGGCAGAUCCACACCUGAUUGGGUACAGGGGGAACUCGGAGAAAUGUUCGUAUUUUCAUCACCCUCAUCUUCAUAUACCAAUAGAAAUUUAGGAGAGCCAAACGGAUCUUCUACACUAAGAGAUAGGUUUCAUGCUGUCAUAGGUGGUUCUCCUAGGCGAAGAGAACUCAUACAACAGCAUGAUGAUGUACGUGGACGUUACAAACCGUCAUUUACAUAUUCCUCUGAUGAAGAGGAUCAUUCUGAUGGAUACAGAAGAGCAGCAUCAUCUCCUCCUCCGCAUCCUUCAAGAAACUUUGAUGAUAAGUAUGGUCAUGAUUGGAAUCCAUCAAGCUCACUUUCAAGACCAAUUGCAUCGAGAGGUCUUUCCUCAUUCAGGGACGAAACUAGUCUUGUUGGAAAAUACGAAAAAGAACUUGAAAUGAAGUCCAAAAUGUUACAAGCUAGAUUCCAUGAAGAGAAAUUGAACAUGCAACAAAAACACGAUGAAGCCAUCCAGAAAAUUCUGGAUCGUAAAAAUGUAGAGAUAGAAGAAGUUAAGUCACAUUACAGAGGAAAAACAAAAGAAAACGAUGAAACAAUCAAGAAAUUAGAAAAGAAAGUUCAAACCGUAAUCAGGGAAUCCACUGUAAUCAGAGAAAACAAAGAUAAGCAAAUAUCAGAGCUGAAGAAAAUGGCGGAACAUUCUUCACAAAGUACUCAAAAUGAUUAUGACAAAAAACUUCAUGAUGCCAUUGCCGACUUUGAACAAGAGAAAUUUGAAAUGCAAAAACAACACACCAAGAAUAUACAGGAGUUGCUUGAUGACACAAAUACCCGUCUCCAGAAGAUGGAGGGAGAAUACAACGCACAAGUAGAAGCAAAUGCUGGUAUUAUAAAAGAAUUGGAAAACAGAAUACAAGAGUUAACUCAAGAAGCUGAAACCCAUAGUACGACAAGACUAAGAGUUGGACAGGAAAGAAUGGACUUGGAGGGAAGAAAUAUCAAACUAACAAGCGAGCUUGAUGAUAUGAAAGUGAGAUAUUCAGCAUUAGAGAGGGACUACAAUCGUAUGAAAGAAGACACCGAGAGAGAAAUCCGACAAUUACGCAAUAAAUCAGAGGCGAGCAUCGAGUAUAUGAAACAAGAACACACACUGUCCUCGUCUAAGUCGAGUGACACAAUACGGGACUUGGAGCAACAGGUAAUGCAAUUAAGACAAUCACUGCAGGAGAGUGAACAUCAAAGACAAAGACAAAUCAGGGAACUUGAAGCCGUACAGCAACAAGACAAAAUGCAUUCUGAGCAUAUGCACGAUAAGAAAGUUCAAAGCUUGAAAAAUGAACUUGACCAAGAACGACAAGAUUCCUCAAGAAAAAUUAAGAAAUUAGAACAUGCUGUUAAGGAGAAAGAUCAGAAUAUUGCAAGGCUUACCGAGUCGCAGCGGAUCCAAUCGCAGCAGUCAGAAAUGGCUUUAGAGGAUUUCAAGAAGCAAGUAGAAAAGAAUUCAGGAAAAAUGUUUGAUGAAAUGAAACAACAGAUGGGGAGAGUGGAAGCUGAUUUAUUGAAGUCGAAAGCUCUCAGAGAAAAACAAGCCAAAGAGAAUGCUAGGCAGAUGGAAGAGGAGCAACAGAGAUAUGAACAGGAGAUUGCUGAACUGAGGUUGAAGUUUGAACAAGAAAAGGCAGCCAUAUUGAGAGACUCGCACGCUGACAAGGAGAUGUCACAUAGGGAGCAUGAAGAAGAAAUGGACAGAUUGUCUGAAAAAAUGAGAAAUGGACUUGAAGAACAAGAACUGAGGUUUAAAGAACGACACGAAAGAGAUUCACAGACAAUAAAUGAACUUGAGAAACAAGUGAGAGAUUUGCGAGAAGAAGUCAUUCAGUCCAACUCGUUGCGAAAACAGCAAAUUGUAGAAUUGGGGUUGUUACGAGAAGAAGAGAAACAGAAGUCAGCAAGGGAAUAUGAGGCCGAUGUCUCACAGUUAAAGUCUCAGAUGGAACAGCAGAAACUACAACUACAAAGAGAACACAGUAACGACAUGGAAAAAGCUCUUGAACAGACCAAUGGCAGGCUGAAGGAGAUUGAAAAAGAAUACACACACAGACUUACAAAGUCUGCCGAGUCAAUUGCUGAACUCCAGAGUGUGAUACAAAGCAUGAGAGAAGAUGGACAAAGGUAA